AAAUAAAAGCUGUUAGCGACCAACGGAUAGCCCGUAGCAAUCAAAUAGCUUAUUUUAACACGGCAUUAAACUGGCGAAUAAAUAUAUUUUUAGCUGUUUAUUAGCCUCAUUCAUUAAGUGUUGGUUUCAAAAUUAUUUUUUUGACAAAUUUUAUGCAAAUUGAAUAUACUAACUUAACAGUUUAUGAGCAAGCUAGCUUGUAAACAAACUACAUACUCUUAAGGAACUACUCUAUUAAUUUGUAUGAUUGUAUACAUUUCUUAUCUUGCACAACUGUAAAGUCUUCAUGGAAUGAGUUUUAAUCGAUAGAAACGUUCUUAUUAUAUUUUUCUUUAUUGGUUAAAAAGGAUCAGCGCUGAAAAUGAACUCUGUCUUGGAUGAUCCAACACUUGAGAGGCAUUUUAAAGGUCAUAGAGAUGCCAUCACCAGUGUUGACUUCAACUCUAAUAUGAAACAAAUAGCUACUGGCUCCAUGGACUCGUGUGUUAUGAUCUGGAAUAUGAAGCCUCAGAUGAGGGCGUACAGAUUUGUGGGACACAAGGAUGCAGUGAUGUCUGUUCAGUUUUCACCAUCCGGUCAUCUUGUGGCCUCAGCAUCCAGAGAUAAGACGGUCCGACUCUGGGUACCCAGUGUGAAAGGGGAAUCUACAGUAUUCCGAGCCCAUACUGGAACAGUCCGCAGUGUGAGCUUUUCUCCUGAUGGCCAGACCCUAGUCACCUCUUCUGAUGACAAAACCAUCAAAGUCUGGACUGUUCACCGGCAAAAGUUCCUCUUCUCCCUCAAUCAGCACAUCAACUGGGUCCGCUGUGCAAAGUUUUCAUCUGAUGGGCAAUUGAUUGUUUCUGCCAGUGAUGAUAAAACAGUGAAGCUGUGGGACAAGAACAGCAGAGAGUGCAUUCAUUCAUUUUAUGAGCACGGAGGAUAUGUGAAUUAUGCUGACUUUCACCCGAGCGGCACCUGUAUUGCAGCUGCUAGUUCAGACAACACGGUGAAAGUCUGGGACAUUCGCACCCACAAACUCCUGCAACACUAUCAAGUUCAUAGUGCAGUUGUGAAUGAACUCUCCUUCCAUCCAUCUGGAAACUACCUAAUCACGUCCUCCAACGACUCCACACUCAAGAUCCUGGACUUACUGGAAGGACGACUGCUGUACACACUGCACGGUCAUCAGGGCCCUGCCACUUGUGUAGCCUUCUCAAGGACUGGAGACUACUUUGCCUCUGGUGGUUCAGAUGAACAGGUGAUGAUGUGGAAGACGAACUUUGACAGUGUGGAUUACAGUGACGUUUUGGAGCUGAAAUACAAUAAUCCUGAGUGUCAGCCACUUAAUCCAGACUCCAAAACAUCUGUUCACAGCUCCAACACACGGCUCUCAGCACAGGUGUCGGAUGCCACUGGGCUACCUAAUGAACUAACAUUACACAGGAGUGGCAGUAGAACCCUCAGCCAGCCCACCCAGAUCUACACUGGACAUAGUGUGGAGUCUUCAUCUUAUGCUCAACAGCAGCACCUCAAGCAGACUGCAGCAGAUAGCAUUCCAGCUGCACUAGCCAGCACCCUAGAGCACAUUGUAGGACAAUUGGAUGUGCUCACUCAGACGGUGGCCAUUUUGGAGCAGAGGUUGACACUAACAGAGGACAAACUGAAGGAUUGUAUUGAAAUUCAGCACAAGAGCAGCUGAGUGAGACAGAGAGACACACACUCUCAUCACUCUGCUGGAGCUACAACUAAUUCUCAGUCACUUACUGAAUAAUGUUUUAUAGUGGUUUACUUGUGUCCAUUUCUGCAUCAUUCAUACCCAAACAACAGUCAAAUUCUUUUUUCAACAUCCUAAUUUUUUGUUGUUGUUGAUAGUUGUGAAUGAAACAAGCUACAAUUCAUUUAUUACUUGGUGGCAGAUGUUUUGUAUGAGGUGCAUUUUUUGCAUUGAAAAGCACUGUUUUGACAUAUUUUUGCUGAGGGUGUAUUCAUUUCUGCAGAAUAUGGGCAUUCCGCAAGUGUCCAGUGCUGCAGCCAGUAGCAUCAGCGCAAGCAUCAACUUUACCGUAAUGCAAUUCAUCCUCAAAUCACACACUGAAAUUCAUCCUUGGGUGGAAAUCUGAUAAGAGAAAUCAAAAUGCAAUGCAUUCUUUACUUGUGGAAGCUAAGCAGUAUACAUUUUCAUAUUUUAAACUUCACUAACUAGGAUUUGUUGUAUUUAUCACUUGUGUUGCUGUAUUGUUGAUUGUUCAUUUUUCCUGUGAAACUGUGAUAAAUACUUGUUAUUUUCAAAUAAAACUUUUAUAAGCUGUAGGUCUUAAAGGGUAAGUUUACGCAAAAAAUGCAAAUUCUGUCGUUAAUAAUGCACCCUCAUGUUAUUCCAUUUGACUUUCAUGGAACACAAAAGGAGAUGUUUGGCAGAAUGACAGCCUUGGUAACCAUUCACUUUCCUUCCCUUUUUUUUUUUUAUUAUAUAUAUAUAUAUAUACAAUGAAAGUGAAUGGUGACUGAGGCUAACAUUCUGCCAAACAUCUCCUUUUAUGUUCCAUGGAAAAAAAGAAAGUCAUACAGGUUUGGAACAACAUGAGGGGGAGUAAAUGAUGACAGAAAAUGUAUAAUAUUUGGGGUGAACUAGCUCAUUAAAUGUUUUGUAUUGUGCAUUUUAUGUUUUGCUUUAUUUUUCUCAAAGAAAAUGUCAAUAAA